AGGGCAUACUCCAGAGCAAAGGGAAGCUGAGGGGCAGGGCAAGUCUUAGAGUUGAGACACCUUCUCUCCUUCACCAUCUGGCCGCUCUGCCACAAAACAUGCUGCUCUCCUUGCUUCUCUGUGUGGGGAUUGUGAGCGGAUUCCGCCCCAACCAUGAAUCGGGGGGCAUCUCUGCAAGUGACUAUACGGAUACCGACAUCACGGAAAUGGGGGCGCUGCGGGCUGUCGCCUGGUACAUGGAGAGGAACCCCUUGUCUGGAAGACCUCCCAUGGCUCCAGGGGAGCUAGAAAACAUGAAGCCACUGAAUGCAACUGGGCUGUUCAAGGCCUACUUCCAAGCUGAUGUCUCUCCCAGUCGAUUCACAAAAGCUGUUCAGGAAAUUGUCACUGGAAAUAAUCUAGUGGAAGUCUAUCACCUCCAAGACAGCAGCUACUUCUUCUACUGUGAACAAAUUAGCAAAAGUAUUAACCAAAUUCGAAUUCUGAGUGACUCUAUGCUUUCCAGUCUGAGUGGUGAGGUGAACUCAGCUGAUUUAGAAGCAGCUCGCCUCAGUGCUGGAAAAGCCGUUCAUGUGACGCAGAAAUUCUACAGCAACACCAACUGGGUCGAAAUGCAAAACCCCAACACUUACGAAUACCUGGUAAACCCAAAUAGUUCCGUCUUUCCUGUUGCACCUUCUUCUAAGGAAACAUGUCGUGACUGUAAAAGAGCACCAAGUGGACCAUUAUUGUGUGAUGGAAACAUGCUGGUGAAAGACAUGCUAACAAGUGGAUACAAAGUAUCAUCUUCCUGUAGAAUGAAACCACCAGGCAAAUGUGGUCAUGGUGGAAAAAAUGACGUGUCUCAAAAUUACCCUCCUACUGGUGGCAUCAACAAGGAGACUUCUAACCCCGAGCUUUCUCCACACUAUUUCCUCCAUCAGGAAGCAGCAGAAUUAGCCAUAGAAGCCACAAAGAGCUUUUUUGUUGGAGAGGGUUUCGGCCUCUUAAGUAAAGUGGGAGACGAUAUUUUCAAGAAGGUGUUCAACCUGGAUGGUUACUCCCUCACCUUCGUGAUAGACACGACCGGCAGCAUGACGGAAGACAUCCAUCAAGUCAAAAUUAACUGCAUCCAACUCCUCCGAAAUUAUUCUGGCUCUCCUGAUGCACCUUUUAAUUACAUUCUUGUGCCCUUCAAUGAUCCAAGGGUUGGUCCCAUCAUUAAAACCCAGAGUGUGGACGAAUUGGAAUCCGCGAUCUCUCGCCUGACUGCUACUGGUGGUGGCGAUUGCCCAGAAAUGUCAAUGACGGGCUUGAAACUGGCUUUGCAAGAGAGCUUGCCAAGAUCCAAGAUCUUUGUCUUCACUGAUGCUGGAGCUAAAGAUACGCAUCUGAAGGAUGAAGUUGAAAUUCUGAUUGAUUCUUCUAAGUCUACGGUGAACUACGUGCUCACAGGCUAUUGUGCCAGGAGGAAACGCAGAAGUACUGCUGAGGAAGGGACUAGAAGUUAUGCAAACAUCUAUGAAGAAGUGGCAGUUUAUUCUGGUGGCUUCUAUGUGCACACCACAAAAAGUCAGCUUUCACAGAUCCUGGGCCUAAUGGAGAUGUCCCUGAAUGCUGCUCCUGUUAAAGUGGUCGAUACUAAAGUGACUGCUUCGCAGUUCUCCUUCCCUGUAGAUGACACACUUAUAGACUUCACCAUCUCUGUGAAAGCAUCAUCUGCAUUCACCAUAAAUGUGCUCCCACCUUCAGGUUCUCCUUUGGGAUCCCUGGACAUGUUGAUCAACACAGUCAACCACAAGAUUGUGAAGAUAUCUCCUAUCCCGGAGCGAGGUUCAUGGACCGUGACAAUGUCUCCAAUAAACACUUAUGAAAUAAAGGUUGAGGGCAAAAGUUUGCUUGACUUUUCUUACCAGAUUAUGCAGAAGCAGGAUGAUUAUGUGCUUCCAAUCCAAGGACGACCAGUGAAAGGGUCAAAUUACACUGUCUCCAUUAAGCUGAUGGGGAAUACUGCAGGUAUGCAACUCCUGCGCCUGGUGCUUUCUGAUCCUCCAGAAUCGAUAGCCUUGAACCAAACCUUCGAUGCUUUUGGCAACCUCUUGGCUGUUGCAUCUGUUUUCUUGCAUGCCCCAAGAACCUUACUGGCAGUGGAGGGCCUUUCUCCAGGCAACUUCCCCUUCUCACGAAUCAGUGGUGACCCCAUCAACACAGAGUCUGUGCAGAUUCUGUCUCUGCCAGACCAAAAUAAUACAAUGGCACCUGGUGAGAGCUUGGAACUGUCUGCCCUGGUGAUAAAUGAUGGAGCACCUACAACAUUCAUAUUUAAAGUUUGGGACGAUCUGGAUUUGCUAAGGAGCUAUGCACCCACAGAAAGUUUCCUGAACACAGGAGAAAACAUUAUCUUGAAGGCAAUCUUUGUCGCAUCCCUUCUGAACGACAGCUUUGCUUCCAGCGUUGUGACAUUCGCUGCUAAAAGCGCUUCCGCUCAGAACUACCUGAAAUUUCCCAUCAGCAUCGUUCCUGAAACAGCUUUGGAGAUAGAUGAGAACCCACCUGAGUACAAACUCAGAGAAUUUUACAUGUCUUGUAAGGGGAACAUCCAGCAUGAACCAGACUGCGCUCGUCAUACAUGGCACAUGUUAUUCUUGGCAACGGAUGAUCAAAGCGCAGUCACUGUCCGAAUCAAUACAAAUCCUUCUGGUCUCUCUUGCACUCCAAGAGAAGGUGAUAAGAAGAAAGUCAGAUGUCAGUAUAGUUCAAACUGCUGUACUCCUUUCGCAGAAGUUUUGAUCAGUGAUGAGAGCGGAAACACAAGCACUUUCACCAUGGACCAAAGGAACCCAGCUCCUGCCCCAGCCUAGUGAGUAGAACAUCUGAAGCUGC